AUGUCUGGGGCUGAGCCGGUUGGAAUUAUCGGAUUGUUCUUGGCAUGGAAGGGUAUAGUCGACUUCGGGAAAGUGAUCAACAAGUUGAGAGAAGAUGACACUCGAGAGCGGGAGGUCAUGUAUGUGGGGCUUCAGACCUCGCAGAUGGCUCUGGCAGACUGGGGUAGACACUGGGAAUAUGAUAAGACAGACGGGCGUUUUGUUCGUUUGGAGCCUGCGCGGAAAGACCUCAUCAAUAGAAUCAUCAUGCAGCUCGAAGCGUCAAGAUUAGAGGCAGUCAGGAAGCUGAGCAAGUACCAUGAGUCUGAAGAGAAGUCCAGCAUGACUACUGCAACACGGGAAAGUCGACUAUCGAGGAUGACAGGGAAACUGGUAUCGAAAGCGAAAGGCGGCAAGGAAAAGACGCAAUGGCUCAUGGGCGACGAUACCUUCAUUGCGAAGCUUGUCGAGGAAACAGACACGCAGUACAGCCGACUCCUCCAGUUGACAUCAGUGUCCAACGCUUUCCUCUAUAUGCACUACGAUAGCUUUUUCGAUGCGACCAAGCUGGGAUCUCGAAUGGCAUCCUUGGAGGAUCUGGUGAAAGCACACAUUAAAUCCCAAGUAAGAACGAAUGAUCAGGACAUUGUCGCAACAGCUUCGCCACAGACGGACUCGAUAGAUCAACAGACUCUAGCCGCCUAUGCAACCGACACUAUAACCUCAAGCAUACAACGAGAGCGUGUUCGGGACAGCAUCGAAAGGUCACUCUACCAUCAUGGCGACAGCCGCGUAUCGGAGACUAUUGCAGACUGGUGGAACGAAAAGUCAUGCUCAAACAUCCUACUCAUUGAGUUUCCAGACGAUGCCGAAAGCGAAACGGCGACCGCAGCUUGCGCCCUGUUGUACUACCUCACAGACUGCCACAAGCUCAUCUUCAUGUUUGAAGAACCACGCGCCAAAGAACCCAUUAAACAACUACUAGAAAUGGUGAAGAUGUUCAUACACAGCCUCUUGUCAUUGCAAAGACAUGACGGGCACUCCAAUGAAUCUGUUUCGAUUGACACCAACGACCUGGACCCCGAGAUCGAAAAUACGUCGAAGCUGGAGAUGCUCAUCACUACCUUCCACGAGCUCCUACGACGCGUCACCGAAAGCAGCAAGAGACGGAUUUUGCUCAUCGUUGACGGACUUGACGCCAACCCCAUGGACGACAACGAUGGAUUCGUCCGCCUAGUCUGUCUAUUUGUGUCCGGCCUCAACGACAUAUGCAAGAUAUGCAAGGCAGACUCUGGCGCAAUCUUCAACCCGUUCUUCGCGCAUCAAGGCCAUGGUAUGCGUCUUUACAACUCGAUGCGGGAUACGGAUGUCAUUGAUCUUACUGAUUACGACUUUCGUGAGGGCUGCUUGAGGGAUGAGCUUGCUUCUGCUCUUUACCAUUGA